UGACUUUCCAACACUACAGCUGGUCGCAUAAUCAAUUUGGAAAUUGUUGUAUUUUUAAAGGAAAAUCAGUUUAUUUCAUAGCGAAAAACAUGUCAGCGAGUGGAAAAUUGAUGCUGAGCAGUGGCCUUUGCCAAAAGCUAAGUCAGCUCACAAGAAAGUUGCACAUGCAACCGGCACUGUUGUCCAGUUUUCGUUCAUCACGAGAAGUUCAGGAUCUGGACAAAUACCCAGACGUAGAGGUUGUGGCCAAUCCUCCCGAAUGGCGGUUCGUGGAACGUCUGCUGCCGGCGGACACAGUUCCACAGCCCCUGGAGAAGCCAAAGUAUCCAUCCGGCUGGCGGCCGCAAAAGGAAAAUGGCUCAGAAUUAGGUUAUUUUGUGGCAAGGACGAAGAAUCACAUGGUGCCGGUGUAUCUCCACACCAAGUUUCGUGGCCAGCGCAGGAUUACGGUGGUGCGUCGCGUCCAAGGAGACAUCUGGGCGCUGGAAAAGGAUCUACGAGCGGUGGUCGAGCAGUCGCGAAAUGGAAAACUCUGCGCCACAAGGAUCAACGAACUGAGCGGUCAGAUUCACUUCCACGGCGAUCAUGUCGACGUCCUGCGAGAUUAUCUCAAGGAGAAGGGCUUCUAAAGACCACCUAAUAUUCGUUCUUUGCCGCAAUAAACUAUUUUGUUGAUUUAA